AUGGCCUCAAAAUUGUGGGCAUCAAGGGCUGCUUCAUACUUCAGGAUCUCUAUUUUUCAUAGAGGUUUUGCCACUGUUAUCAAGGAUUUCAAGUAUGCAGACACUCACGAAUGGGUAAAAGUUGAUGGUAGUUCUGCUACGGUGGGAAUAACCGAUCAUGCUCAAGAUCACUUGGGUGAUGUUGUGUACGUUGAACUGCCUGAAGUGGGAACUGCAGUAACACAAGGUGGAAGUUUUGGUGCUGUCGAAAGUGUCAAAGCAACUAGUGACAUCAACUCUCCAAUUUCAGGGAAAGUGGUUGAAGUUAAUAAAGAGCUUAAUAAUUCUCCUGGUUUGGUUAACGCUAGCCCAUAUGAAAAUGGAUGGAUCAUAAAGGUCGAGAUUGGCAAUUCUGAAGAAGUGAAAUCCUUAAUGGACUCUGACCAGUACUCAAAGUUCUGUGAAGAAGAAGAUGCUAAGCACUGA